GUAGUAUUGUUCUUGCUGAUCAACUUCGAGGUUACUACAAUUGUCAAUUAAUAGUGCGCUCUACAAAUACAAAUAUUACAAGCAAAGACUUCAGAAUUACACUCGUGUGGGAUUUAUUUCAAGAAGCUUUAGAUAAUAAAAAUAAUGGAAAUAAAAGA